CUGACUGUAUCAUUAGUAAAGCUCUGUGAUGUCAUAGUGUGUACAGGCAUUGUGUAUUCACUGCAGUCUACAAAGACUCUGACCGUCUCCUGUACUGUGUCCGCAGUCUCUGGUCAUCUCCUGUACUGUGUCCGCAGUCUCUGGUCAUCUCCUGUACUGUGUCCGCAGUCUCUGGUCAUCUCCUGUACUGUGUCCGCAGUCCUCUGGUCAUCUCCUGUACUGUGUCCGCAGUCUCUGGUCAUCUCCUGUACUGUGUCCGCAGUCUCUGGUCAUCCCUGUACUGUGUCCGCAGUCUCUGGUCAUCUCCUGUACUGUGUCCGCUGUCUCUGGUCAUCUGGUCAUCUCCUGUACUGUGUCUGCAGUCUCUGGUCAUCUCCUGUACUGUGUCCGCAGUCUCUGGUCAUCUCCUGUACUGUGUCCGCAGUCUCUGGUCAUCUCAUUCUCUGGUCUCAGUCUCUGGUCUCCUGUACCGUGUCCGCAGUCUCUGGUCCAUCUAUGUCCUGUACCGUGUCCGCAGUCUCUGGUCAUCCCCUG